UCAUAUUUUAUUAGUAAUGGUAAACGCGAAGGGAAUUGCUGGCCAAGAAAACGAAUGCAAAGAUUAUUUAGAAAAAAAACUCAAGUAUUCUAAAAAGACGAAGAAAAAGAAUAAAACUAAAGUUGAUUUUACUUCUAUAUGGUACUUUGACAAAAAAAUUAUCCUUGUCCCGCUGGUAGCCGUCUUAUGCUUUGUUAACACUUGGAAUCACGAGUUUACUUUUGAUGAUUUGGCGGCUAUUCAAAAAAACAAAGAUCUCCUCCCCGAAACUCCUCUAUACAAUAUUUUUAUUAAUAACUACUGGGGUUCCCCUAUUAAACAUUUAAACGCGCAUAAAUCCUACAGACCCAUAACCACUCUAACUUUUAAAGCUAACUAUUUACUAACCGGUUUGAAUUCCUAUUCCUACCAUAUUGGUAAUAUUAUUUUCCACGCUAUAAGUUCUUAUCUCGCUUGUGUACUUUGCUUUACACUUUUUUAUAAUAAGAAGACUGCACUUCUCAGUGGUCUUCUUUUUGCCGUGCAUCCUCUUCAUUGCGACUCUGUUGCCAGUGCAGUAGGAAGAGCCGAUGUUUUAGGCGCGAUCUUUUUUUGUCUGUCGUUAAUAUUUUUUCAGAAAUCUGUUGGCUUCUUCCGUUCAAGCAAUGCGAAUCUCUACACUGCCGGCCGCACGAAUUGGCUGCUUUUCGGAAUUUCAAUAUUAUUUUCUGUUAUCGGCUUGUUAUCUAAAGAACUUGCUUAUGUGUCCGUUAUUCUAUUCGGCGUUUAUGAGAUCGCUGCUUUAUAUCGAGAGCGACGCAUACACUUUUACGGCACACGGAAGAUCAGCCUUGUAAUUGCUGUGCGUUGUCUUUAUCAACUCGUCUCUUCUCCGCUCUUCCCAGUCUUCGCCGUCCGUCAGCUAACGAACUUAUUUUUCUGCUGCGUCACAAUGUACGGCCGCUAUUUGAUUACCGGCGCCACACGCCAGUACAUAUUGUCUCACUUCAAUUAUAUUUCCGAACUUCCAGAUAAACUUGGAAGAGGAUUAUCAAUUUCCUACUUCCAUUUUCUUCACUGGUGGCCUCUUGUUUACCCCGUCAAUUUAUGCUGCGAUGCCAGCUACAAUUCGGUUGAGUUGGUCACCAGCCUUUACGAUCCUCGUGUCUUCAUUAUCGUAUUUUUUAACGUGUUCAUGCUAUUGGUUCUGCCAUACAAGUUCCUCGUGACUGAACCGGAUCAUUCUGCUCCUUUAUUGGUGUCUUAUUUUAUCGGACUACUUCCAUUCCUUCCAUGCGCAAAUUUAUUUUGGUGGGCCGGGUUUGAGAUUGCCGAGAGAAUCAUGUACAUGCCGUCCUUUGGCUUUUGCUUUGUAGUGGGCCACUUUAUUUCUCAAGCUCUUUUUGCUUAUGCUAAUCCCGAAUCGCCUAAGAAGUCUUCACAGAAACGCAAUAAAAAGGCGUUAUUCUCCGCUUACGCCGCCGUGGCUUGUCUGCUGCUGGUCUUGGCAGGGAGAACCAUCCGCAGGAACAUGGACUGGGCAAACUCGUUAACCUUGUGGGAGUCUGCGAUAAAAGUAUACCCCAACAAUACCAAAGCUCACUAUAAUUAUGCUAACGAGCUUAUCCUAUUGGGCGAUCAUGCUUCACGAGAGAAAGCGCUGGAGCACUAUAAUAAGUGUUUUUCUGUGCGAUAUGAUGGAUUCUACACUAUGAACUAUGGAAAGGCGCUUCUUUUAAUGGGGCACGUAAAAGAAGCAGAAGAAAUAUUUUGGCGCGGCAUAAACGAACCACUUCGCGCACUCGACGGCACGCCAGUUCAUCAAGAUUAUCUCUACAACGCUCUGGGAGAGUUGUACAUAGCCCAGCAGAAGUGGGAAAAGGCAAGAGAAUGUUUUAAAGGAGCAGCUUUAUAUCUUAUGUCCCCUUAUAAGCUACCUGAAAAUUUUCUUUUAACCCUGAAUCCAACUUUUAAGAAUCUCCGCCUUUACACGAUAGUCAAUGAAAAUACCACCAAUUUCAAAUCGAAACUUUUAAAAAUUGACGAAUUGCUCAGUAAUAACUAUCCUGAAAGAGAGUUAAGCGAAGGGCAGUUAAUGUUUAGAAACCAUAAUGUUUCCAACGCACUCAACUGGUACGCUGACGCACUUUUAAAUUUGACGAUGCACUGUAUCUGCUCUGCAACUUUAUUAAACUUGAGAAAUUUGUAUUUUUUUCUGCACUCUGAUGCUUACAGCCUUAUGGGCUCAAUGCUUCAGGAACAAAAGAGAACCACAGAUGCGCUCGUCAUGGCAAACUUAUUAAAUAACCUUAAAGAUUACGAGAAAAAUAUCGCUAUUUUGGAAGCAGCUCGACUUGAGGCUAACCGGCAUUAA